AUGUCGACCCUUAGGCAUUCAGUCUUCCAGCGUGCACAGGACAUGCAGAAGGCCGGCAACGCGCCCCGCGGCUCUGGGAGGUACUGGAAGAGCGCUGCCGAGUCCAAGGGCCAGAAUCCUGCCAAGGAUCCCCUUGCCCUCAUCUUUGGCCUCGUCAUCGUGGCCCCCUUCCUCAUCCUGGGCAUUGCCAUAGCCACCGGUGUGCUCGACAUAUCUGUUUACAAGGGUAGAUGA